AUGCGCUAUCCUUGGAAUUACUGUCGAUACGUUCUACGUACGCUUUUAUAUGAAAGUUACGUUCUCUAUAUUAUUGAAGACACGCGUCGUCGUCCAUUGAUUUUCUUUUCAGGUUUCGACAUGAUUCGCAAGUUCCGGCUGGACGACGUCCAGUUUGACUUUCCGGGUGUGAAGCGAGUGGUGGGCUCCAACAGCCUGCAGACCGCGUACCGGCUGUCCAAGCAGGCAGAGCUCGUACUGCCCACCAGGGCCAUCUUCCCUCUGGGCCUGCCCGAAGAGUUCUCGUUCGUGACCACGUUCCGCAAGCGCAACACCCGGAGGGACCCCUGGUUCCUGGUGCGCGUCACGGACGUGGCCGGCUCGCCGCAGUUCGGCCUCAGCGUGGACGGACGCAAGAACAGGCUCGAACUAUACGCCCAGGACGUGGCCGGCAAGAGGCAGGUCUUGCGCUUCAUGAACGUCAGGGUGGACGACCGCGAGUGGCACAAGGUGGACCUGAGCGUGUUCCGUGACCACGUGGUGCUGUACCUGGACUGCGAGAAGCACUCCAGCCUCGAGCUCACCACGCCUCGGGCUCCGAUCGACGUGAAUGGCGAUGUCAACCUGGCCAAGUUCGAAGCAGACCUCAGCACCGUGCCGUUGGAUCUCCAGUGGAUGGUGAUGAGCUGCAAUCCAUCCAGACCGGAAAGGGAAUCGUGCAUCGAGCUUCCGCCCAAAAAGGUGCCCACGGUGCCGCCUACGUUGCCUGUCCCUUCCCCUCCGCCAGUGCCGAUAGAGUCGGUGUGCGUGGACUGCCCUCCCGGACCUCCUGGACUAAACGGAACAGAGGGAGUUCCAGGCCUCCCAGGAGCAGACGGAAAACCUGGAAUUCCGGGAGUGCCGGGGAUGAAGGGAGAACUUGGCAAUCCCGGGGUACCGGGACUACCGGGACUGGACGGACUACCAGGACUACCGGGACCAACCGGACCUGUGGGAUCUAAAGGCUCGACCGGAGCCCCCGGAGUACCAGGAGCACCGGGCUUGAAGGGUCAGAAGGGAGACAACGGAGUUCCUGGCGAACCAGGCGUACCGGGGAGCCCUGGUACGAUGGGGCCCAGGGGACCACAAGGACUUCCUGGAAGCGCUAUUGUGACCGAAGGUUCCAUAGGACCUCCCGGAGAAGUCGGACCACCGGGGCCCAUGGGUGAACAGGGCCUACAGGGGCUACCUGGCCCAGUGGGUCCCCCAGGAAGCAAGGGCGAACCCGGCGAAAGAGGAGUCACGGGGAAGACGGGCCCCCGUGGUCUUACGGGAGAGCCUGGUCCAAGAGGACUGCAAGGAGAGCAAGGCAUACGAGGUCCUGCAGGUCCUCCUGGGCGCGAUGGUAUUCCAGGAACCACCUCAGAAACGUCUACAUCUCCCGGCGUACCGGGACUUCCGGGAAUACCAGGAGAGACCGGACCUCAAGGACCUCCCGGAGAAAAGGGGAGUCGAGGACCGCCGGGCAUUCAAGGAAUUGAAGGAGAAAAGGGAGAUAAAGGCGACCGCGGCAUCACUGGACUUCCCGGACCAACUGGGCCGAAGGGAGAUCGAGGAGAGAGAGGGUACCAAGGCGACUCGGGGCCAAAGGGUGACAGGGGCCCCUCCGGAGUUGAUGGUAGCAGAGGUGAACCCGGACUCAUCGGCCUCCCUGGUCCCACCGGCAAAGACGGAUCGUCAGGAUUGUCGGGCCAGAAGGGUGAAAAAGGCGAGCAGGGAGAGGUCGGCAAACCAGGAGACGUGGCCUACCCAGGAGAACAGGGUCCGCCAGGCGUCGCUGGUCCUAAAGGAGAGCCUGGAGCUGACGGUCGGAUGGGUAUCAUCGGACCUCUGGGUCCCAGAGGAUUUCCCGGACCUCCAGGACUGCCUGGACCCCCAGGGAAACCAGGAGUACGGGGAGAGCAAGGCGCCGAGGGACCUAGGGGUGCCAAAGGAGACAUCGGGCCGCCGGGGCUCGAAGGACCAUCCGGUGAGGUCGGCCCUCAAGGACGAGAAGGAUCGACCGGAAAACCAGGUCCUAAAGGCACCCACGGUGACAAAGGACUUAGAGGCCCUGAAGGUCAAAGAGGACUACCAGGGCCCCAGGGCCCCCCUGGUAUCGCCGGCACUCCAGGACAUCCAGGGUUACCAGGUCUGAUGGGACCCAUGGGACCUAAGGGAACCGAGGGAUCUCGCGGUCUGCCAGGCGAAAAGGGAGAAUGUGUUUACCAGACAAAGGAGGAGUACCACGUGGGUCAUAGCAGAACAGGAGCAACUGGAGCUAUGGGACCCCCCGGACUGCCCGGGGAGAGGGGGGCCCGCGGGGACAGGGGACCACCAGGAUCUCCGGGACAACUGGGCAUGCCAGGUCCCUUGGGGUCUCCCGGCGUACCAGGGACACCCGGUACCAGAGGACAACCAGGCAUGCCAGGACUGCCAGGACCACCGGGUCGUGGUUUUACCGAAGAGGAGAUGCGAGAAGUGUGCUCCACCGUGCUCCGUGAACAACUGGCCGAGCUGACGGCCAAGCUCCGUGGCCCUGCCGGUCUCCCAGGAAGAGGAAAGCCAGGGAGGGCUGGACCACCGGGGCCCCAGGGCUCACCAGGGGACCCCGGAACACCAGGACUUCCUGGAGAACGAGGUUUCAUGGGACUUCCAGGACUGCCUGGACCACAGGGACAGUCCGGGCCAACUGGUGAAAAGGGUGACAAAGGUGAUCGUGGCCCCGAGGGAAUCGGAAUGGAAGGACCCAUAGGACCUCAUGGAUCCCCGGGAUCUCCGGGGCCGUCCGGAAUCGGCGUGCCCGGACGACCCGGGGAGCGGGGUCCUCCAGGGAGGCUCGGAGCUCCGGGACCUCGCGGACCUCCGGGAGUGCAGGGCCCGCCGGGCUACUGCGAGAUGUGCAACUACGCCAGCGCCGACAUCCUCAACAUGCUGCACAUGAACACCGUCCGGGAGAACAACAAGGGGCCCGGGAAGUGAUCACGUGC